GUCAGGAGGGGGGACACGGAGGAGAGAGAGAGCAGUCUGCCGCAGCUGGACCAACUCCCGAGCACACGGGACCAGGACAAACCCGGCCUACAGACUAACAUAGUGUUAUCACAAUCAGUCUUCAGUAAAGGUCUUCACCCACCAUGAGAGACUACUCAGCCGCCCCGGGAAACGGCGGCGCCUGCAUGCCAUGCUGCCAAGUGUGCGUCUUCGUCUUUACCGCAUUUCUCGUGGUGGCGGAGAGGACGGCAGUGAUCUACUGCUUUGUGUACUAUCUGUGGACGGGUCACAACUACUGCUAUGCCCAUCUUGCAGGCUUCACUGCGCUGUUCCUGCUGCCAGGUUGGGGUCCUCAGUGGCUCAGUUACUUGUGGUACCUGUCAGAUGGACGCAUCCGCAGGAAGUCUCUCACCUGGACACACAUACUACACCUUGGUAUCUUCAAAAGGUUGUGGGAGUGUAUAUGUCUGCCAGAUGAAGAUGUGUAUGGGGAGAUCAUGCAGCAGGCCGAUGUGUCCGCCUUGCGUCUGUUUGAAGCCUUGGUGGUCACCCUGCCUCAGACUCUUCUGCAAACCUAUGUGCUCAUCUGUACUGACAUAGGGAUCAAGUCUCCAGCUUCAGUGUGUUUUGUGGUAUGUUUAUUAUCUCUGGCCUGGGCCUUGGUCCUCUAUGCCAGAGCCUGCUCACUCAUCAGACCAGGGCAUCUACAAAUGACCCCCGCUGCCAUCCUCUGUCGACUGCUGUGGAGGGUUGGUAUGUUGGGAUCUCGAUUUGCCAUUCUCAUGCUCUUCACACGAAUCUUCAAACAAUGGAUCCUGGGAGUCAUUGGUGUGCACUGGCUGGGAGCAACUUUCUGGAUGGUAUCCCAGCAGACUGACAUCAUACGCUCAACAAGUCGAUGGAGACUCUUCAACCUGGUCCUGGGAGCCGUUCACAUCUUCCUUUUCCUGAAUGUGAAGUACGGUCAAUCCAGAUACCGCAUGGCAGGAUUCUACCUGGCCAUGUUCUUAGAAAACGCUUUUCUUCUCCUGGCGUCCUCGUGGUUGUUCACCAUGGUGUCCUGGGAUACAGUGGGGAUCCCAGCUGCUGUCUUCUGUAGCUUCCUCAUUGGUUUGAUAGCGUUGGUGCUGUACUAUCGUUUCCUCCACCCUAAGUCUUUCGAGAUUUUUCAAAGUAUUCGCCAUAGGGGAAUAGGUGGAGCCUGCAUGGAGCGAGGAUCUACACUCUCAUUGGAGGAGAAAGUCACACCCUCUUUCCAUCGCCAUGCAACACUGUCUGGGGGCGGGACCUUAAUGGAUCUCCCUAUCCAAUGGGAGGGCUGGAAACAUCACCACUGGCUGCUGAUUCGCUUGGCCCUGAAGACGGGAAACGUAGCUAGCAUCUGGUCUGCCUAUGGUGAAGGGGGUCUGGCGGGACUGAUGGGUCUUUCGGAAGAAGUCCACUCCCCUGAUGAAAUUCAUUUCCCUCAGAUCCCACCAGUUCAACUGCCUGCUCCUCGGAUCUCACAACCAGCUCCACCAGCUCCACCACAGGUGACCCAGGUUCCACAGGUACAGGAGGUGGUCCAGCCUCCACAGCCAGCUCCCAGCACUGUCGUAGCCCGACCAGUGAGAAGAGCUCCGCCCACGACAAUCCAGGACAUGAGGAGGUUUCCAGAGAUCAUCCCGUUCCAGGAGGUCAUUCCUGAAGAGAGCGCCGAAGACGAGUGCAGCGCUCCACUGUCAGCCUCACUGUCAGCUUCACUGUCAGCUCCACUGUCAGAGGAAAAAGGUGAUGAGGAGUAUCAGAGUGCUGCUUAUGGCUCACCAACGCCUUCAUCACCAUGCCUAGGGAGCCUCCGUCAUAUCGACAGCCAGGCUGCGACGCUGACCGAAGCCUCGUCGUCCGUGUGCUCUCUGGACAUCAAGACCCCCGCCUGGUCACCAGAGCGGCGAUCCCCUCUCCUGAUUGGUUCCCCUGAGAAGAAACUAUCGAUCCCUGGAGAGUCCAGCACCACUUUGUACUUCAGCGCGGAAGCACAAUCUCCCUCCAGUGGGAGCUAUCUUGGCUGGGGCUCUGAGUUGUCACCCAUCUCCACCUACAGAAGUCCCUACCGCAUCAGGGAGGCUCGUUUUGUCACCUCCACCCCGCGUCUGGAGCCCCGAUCUGAAAGUCCAAGCCUGGGCCCUGUGGUCAUCAUUCCUGCCACACCUGGUACAACACCAGGCCCCACUCCAGGAGGAUCCCCUAGUGCGUCCACACCUGUGGCUUCUACGCCUGCAGCUUCUGCAUCUGCUGCUUCUACACCCGCAGCUUCGACUCCCGGGGCUUUGACUCCUGGUGGUACCACUCCAGGAGCAACGACCCCCAGCACUCCCAUAGUUCCACUCACUCCGGUCAUCUCACACGCUCGCAAACAGAUGGUGCAGUUUGUGGGCACCAGAGAGAGGAUGGUGUGAGGAGGUCGGGGUAGGUGAAAGGAACAACAGGGUGGGGAAUUGUGUCUUUUUAAGUUGUUCAGCUAAGGAUAUAGCUCAAGUCCAAUAUUUACUUAUUUAAAGAAGGCUUGGUGUGGAACUAGGCGGCUUUUCUGCUAAGCUUAAGUCAGACUUAGAGGAUAUAUAGUGUAUAUCAUUAUUUAUGUUUUCUCCUGACACAGAUAUAGUGGUUCAUUUAGCAAAACA